AUGUCCUUGAUCGGCACCCUCGUCUUUGGGACGGCAUGUCUCGCGACGACCAGCUUCUUCAACUACUCGCCCUACAUGGCCCAGACCUCGGCCCCGACAUCACCAUGGGCCGACGCGCCCAUCGUGCUCGUCGCCACGCCCCAGCAUCUCACAGGCAAGACUGAUCUCUUCACCGCGGGCGCCACCCACAUGGCCCUCGUCCACAACUCCAUGAUUCGCGGCUUCAACUCCAUCUACCAGCAGGCCCCAUACGUCGCCGCCGACGACGAGCCGGCCCUCGCGCGCGACUUUGUGCAGUACGCACUGACCUGGGCCUCCUUCGUCACCUCGCACCACCACGACGAGGAGGACAACCUGUUCGUGCAGGUGUCCACGCUGCUCCACGACGACACCGUCUGGGCGGAGACGCGCCGGGAGCACGACGCCUUCAUCGACGGCGUCGCCCAAUUCCAGACAUACCUGCAGAGCACCCUCUCCUCCGAGCUCUCGGCGGAUGAGCUCCUGCGCAUCAUGGACUCGUUCCGCGCGCCGCUGGAGGAGCACCUGCACAGUGAGGUCCGCACCAUCGCCGCGCUGGCCGCGCACCCGCGGGCGCCCCUGGAAGGCAGCGACGAGGCUGCCGCCGCCGCCGCCGUCUUCAAGGCGUGGGGCAAGAAGACGGUGAUGAAGGCGGGCGUCCUCGACGUGGUGCCGUUCUUCCUGCUCAACCUGGACCGCACGUUCGAGGACGGCCGGUGGGCGCGCUGGCCGCCGAUGCCGGCCCCGGUGCGCUGGGUGCUGGCCAACGUCGUCGGCACGUACCACGGCAACUGGUGGCGCUUCGCGAGCUGCAGCUCGGACGGCAGCCCGCGGGAGCUGCUCGCGCUGGAGCUGCACGCGAAGAAGAAGAAGGAGAAGACGGGCGCGCAGCAGGGACAGGCCAAGAGUGCUGCGACGUCGGCAGGUGAGAAUCCUACUGCCCGCGCUGAUGAGCUGUAG